AUGACUCCCAGCUCCUACAAACCCCAAGAGCCGAGCACCCCGCCCCAUUUUCCCGCUUUCCAGCACCCCGCCCCAUUCUCCCGCUUUCCAGCACCCCGCCCCAUUCUCCCGCUUUCCAUCACCCCACCCGAUUCUCCCGCUUUCCAUCACCCCGCCCCAUUCUCCCGCUUUCCAUCACCCCGCCCCAUUCUCCCGCUUUCCAUCACCCGGCCCCAUUCUCCCGCUUUCCAUCACCCCGCCCCAUUCUCCCGCUUUCCAUCACCCCGCCCCAUUCUCACGCUUUCCAUCACCCCGCCCCAUUCUCCCUCUUUCCAUCACCCCGCCCCAUUCUCCCGCUUUCCAGCACCCCGCCACAUUCUCCCGCUUUCCAUCACCUCGCCCCAUUCUCCCGCUUUCCAGCACCCCGCCUCAUUCUCCCGCUUUCCAUCACCCCGCCCCAUUCUCCCGCUUUCCAUCACCACGCCCCAUUCUCCCGCUUUCCAGCACCCCCCCCCCCCCCCCCAUUCUCCCGCUUUCCAUCACCCCGCCCCAUUCUCCGGCUUUCCAGCACCCCGCCCCAUUCUCCCGCUUUCCAUCACCCCGCCCGAUUCUCCCGCUUUCCAUCACCGCGCCCCAUUCUCCCGCUUUCCAUCACCCCGCCCGAUUCUCCCGCUUUCCAUCACCCCGCCCCAUUCUCCCGCUUUCCAUCACCCUGCCCCAUUCUCCCGCUCUCCAUCACCCCGCCCCAUUCUCCCUCUUUCCAUCACCCCGCCUCAUUCUCCCGCUUUCCAUCACCCCGCCCCAUUCUCCCGCUUUCCAUCACCCCGCCCCAUUCUCCCUCUUUCCAUAACCCCGCCCCAUUCUCCCGCUUUCCAUCACCCCGCCCCAUUCUCCCGCUUUCCAUCACCCCGCUCAAUUCUCCCGCUUUCCAUCACCCCGCCCCAUUCUCCCGCUUUCCAUCACCCCGUCCCAUUCUCCCGCUUUCCAUCACCCCGUCCCAUUCUCCCGCUUUCCAUCACCCCGCCCCAUUCUCCCGCUUUCCAUCACCCCGCCCCAUUCUCCCGCUUUCCAGCACCCCGCCCCAUUUUCCUGCUUUCCAGCACCCCGCCCCAUUCUCCCGCUUUCCAGCACCCCGCCCCAUUCUCCCGCUUUCCAUCACCCCACCCGAUUCUCCCGCUUUCCAUCACCCCGCCCCAUUCUCCCGCUUUCCAUCACCCCGCCCCAUUCUCCCGCUUUCCAUCACCCGGCCCCAUUCUCCCGCUUUCCAUCACCCCGCCCCAUUCUCCCGCUUUCCAUCACCCCGCCCCAUUCUCACGCUUUCCAUCACCCCGCCCCAUUCUCCCUCUUUCCAUCACCCCGCCCCAUUCUCCCGCUUUCCAGCACCCCGCCACAUUCUCCCACUUUCCAUCACCUCGCCCCAUUCUCCCGCUUUCCAGCACCCCGCCUCAUUCUCCCGCUUUCCAUCACCCCGCCCCAUUCUCCCGCUUUCCAUCACCCCGCCCCAUUCUCCCGCUUUCCAGCACCCCCCCCCCCCCCCAUUCUCCCGCUUUCCAUCACCCCGCCCCAUUCUCCGGCUUUCCAGCACCCCGCCCCAUUCUCCCGCUUUCCAUCACCCCGCACGAUUCUCCCGCUUUCCAUCACCCCGCCCCAUUCUCCCGCUUUCCAUCACCCCGCCCGAUUCUCCCGCUUUCCAUCACCCCGCCCCAUUCUCCCGCUUUCCAUCACCCUGCCCCAUUCUCCCGCUCUCCAUCACCCCGCCCCAUUCUCCCUCUUUCCAUCACCCCACCUCAUUCUCCCGCUUUCCAUCACCCCGCCCCAUUCUCCCGCUUUCCAUCACCCCGCCCCAUUCUCCCUCUUUCCAUAACCCCGCCCCAUUCUCCCGCUUUCCAUCACCCCGCCCCAUUCUCCCGCUUUCCAUCACCCCGCUCAAUUCUCCCGCUUUCCAUCACCCCGCCCCAUUCUCCCGCUUUCCAGCACCCCGCCCCAUUCUCCCGCUUUCCAUCACCCUGCCCCAUUCUCCCUCUUUCCAUCACCCCGCCCCAUUCUCCCGCUUUCCAUCACCCGCCCCAUUAUCCCACUUUCCAUCACCGGGGCUGGGGGCUAGGGGGCAGGCUAGGCUAG